AUGUUUUAUGAAGUUUUAUCUAACAUCAUGAGCUUGAUCAUUGACUUAACCAUAUUAUAUAUGGUUUUGUUCUUUCUGUCAUUGAACAUAGUUUUGUGUAUUGAAAUCGAAAUCAACGAUUUUUAUCCACAAGAAAGACAUGUUUUGUUACUUAUAAGAGAUUCAUUAAACUCGUCCGUGGAUUUGCAUGGAAAUUGGACAGGACCACCUUGUAUAAACAAUAUUAGUAGAUGGUUUGGUAUCACUUGUUCGAAUUGGCAUGUUGUUGAUAUCACAAUUCAUGGUGUUAAUCUUAGUGGCUAUUUACCUUCAACGUUCCUUCAAAACAUAACUUUCUUGAGGCGGAUUGAUUUCAGAAACAAUGCACUUUUCGGACUAUUGCCGAAUCUCACAGGUUUGGUUUUCUUAGAAGAAGUGAAGCUUUCUUUUAAUCAUUUCUCAGGGUCAAUUCCUUUGGAAUAUGUUGAGUUACUUGGUCUUGAAGUUUUGGAGCUGCAAGAGAAUUACUUAGAUGGUGAAAUUCCACCUUUUGAUCAACCAUCAUUGAGAAGUUUCAAUGUUUCAUAUAAUCAUUUGGUAAGGAAAAUUCCUGAAACUUCUUUGCUUCAAAGACUUCCAAAAAGUGCUUUUGGUGAUAAUUCUGAACUUUGUGGAAAGCCAUUGGAUAAGCCAUGUCCUCCUUUUGCUAUUCCACCUAGUCCUUCAAUGGAGAAAAAUACGAAAAAGCUUCAAGUUUGGAUUAUUGCUUUGGUUGCGUUUGGAGCUGCUUUGUUUCUUUUUCUGAUGAUUAUUGCUAUCUUGUUUUGUAUAAGAAAAGCUAGAGGAAAUGAAACAAGAAGAAACAAUCCAACAAGGCAUGUUUUUGGAGCAUGGGCAUCUAAUGUAGGGAAUAGUGAGGAUUCUGGAAGAUUAGGCCAAUUAGAAUUUUUCGACAAGAAACUUCAAGUUUUCGACAUGGAUGAUUUGUUAAGAGCAUCAGCAGAGGUUGCAGCAAGAGGAGAAUUUGGUGUUACAUAUAAAGCAACACUUGAAACUGGUAAUGUUGUUGCAGUGAAGAGACUUAGUUACAUGAAUGAAUUGAGCAAGAAGGAAUUUAUUCAGCAAAUGCAAUUGUUAGGACAGAUAAAGCAUGAAAAUUUAGUUGAAAUUAUCUCCUUUUAUCAUUCAGAAGAUCAAAAGCUUAUCAUAUAUGAACUUGUCUCUGAUUGCACUUUGUUUGAACUCCUACAUGAGGGAAGAGGAAUAGGAAGAAUACCACUUGAUUGGAGCACAAGACUUUCAAUUAUCAAAGACAUAGCAAAAGGACUUGAUUUCCUUCAUCAAUUUUUAUCUUCACACAAAGUUCCUCAUGCAAAUCUCAAAUCAUCAAAUGUUCUAAUCCAUCAAACCAACCAAGGUUACCAUUCCAAACUCACAGACUACGGUUUCUUGUCAUUACUCUCAUCAUCCAACAAAAAUGCAGAAAAGCUAUCAAUACGCAAGUCACCGGAAUUCGUUAAAGGGAAAAAGCUGUCACACAAAACCGAUGUAUAUUGCUUUGGUAUCAUUAUGCUAGAGAUUAUAACAGGAAAAAUUCCGGGAGGUGGCGAAGUUGAAGAAACGACGAGUAAUGAUCUUUCGGAUUGGGUUAGAACUGUGGUGAAUAAUGAUUGGUCUACUGAUAUAUUAGAUUUGGAAAUAUUGGCUGAAAGAGAAGGACAUGAUGCAAUGUUGAAUCUUACUGAGAUAGCUUUAGAGUGUACUGAUUUGAUACCUGAGAAAAGGCCUAAGAUGAGUGUAGUGUUGAAGAGAAUUGAAGAGAUGGAAGAGAUGAUAAAAGAGAAUGACUGA